AAAUAGGGUAAGAGUUUUGGGAAGUGGGCCGCACACCCCCACCCAACUUUUCUGGAAGUACCCCCCGGGGUCUUAGUACACAGCUUGAUGUGAAGCAAGUUCCAUGUGCAUCUCGAAACUAAAAGAAAUUAGAAAUUUGUUGAGGUGGUCAACCAUGUCUCAGAUAGGAGGGGGUCGCAAUUUUUUACUCAAAGAUUAGAUCUUUUCAAGACAAUUCUUGAGGCAAAUUCUCAUGAAAUUGUGUGCCAACUGGCACUCUUACCGUUUGUAAAGGGUUAUUCUGCUGUAAAUCUUAAAAGUUCACCCACCAUUGUUAUCGCACCAGAAGCAUAUAAUAAUAAAGUUACCUUUAAGUCAUGUACUACGAGGCUUAAUCAGCAAUCGAAGAAGACAAGAGAUUUAGAUGUAUUACAUUUACUUCUUCUUCCAUGGUACCCCACCUCCUUCAUUGCUGAAGAUUCUUUACUCCAUACCUACGAAAAUAGUAAUUCCUGAGAGUUCCAGAUCUUUGAGAGCCCUUGCUGAUGUACUGACAAGAGACAACGACCCUGUGGUACCUCUGACAUUUGAGUAACGAGUGCCGUGCAGUGAGUCUGUGUUCUACCAAGCUUUUUGCCUAAGCCAAGUUCGUCCGCCCGUAAUUCGUGUAUUUCACUGCACCCAAGCUGUCCGUCCCUAACCGCGCAGUUCAGCGCAGAAAACAUUUCAUUACAGCUUUGGUUUAGAUUUUGUACCCACUCCUCCGCGCCACUCUGGCCUGUGUUGGGGCUUGUGCCAGUUGAUGUCAAAUCACCAGUCUCCAUGGCCAGGCCCGGCGACUAAGUUCUCAAUUUUCGUUUCGAAGUUGUUAUGCAACUGACGCAGCGCGCCAUGAUGGCAUGACAACUGUUGGGGUUCUCUCGGCUGCUCGAACUAUCUAUUGUUUGAUUGGAUAAUGAAAUUCGCCGUUUACGAGGUGCUUUGUACCCCUAAUGUUCUUAGUUCCCUUUAGCAACCAAGUCCUCGCCACAGACCCUCAAUUCAACACCCGCAAGUAACCGUCAGUUUUCAAUUAAUCAUCUUAAAUUAUACAUAACAUGGUCACUUUGAUGGAAAUAGUUUAUUUCAAUGAUGGAAACGCAUCCAAUAUAACUUGCACAAAAUGCUUCUUCAAAAUCACAAUUAAUUAUUCUUUGUUUUGUUUUUUUCUUUUCCAUAACAAAAGUGAUGCUGUACGUCUCCUAAACAACUUAGGAUUUCAGUUUGAUUGACAGGAGAACAUUAACACUACAUAUACUUAGAAGAAGCGGCUGUUAAUUUGCAAUUCAGAUUAAGUUUUUUUCCAUUCGCAAAAACAUAUGUUUGUUCUUACAUAACGUUAACGUGGCGUGAAUUUCCAGGCGACUUUUUCGGCUUAUGGCUCGAUGAAUAAUUCUUUUUUCACUUUUCAGCGAGCUAGCAUUUACUCUUGAUAGAUGCAACAGUACCCAAAUUGCUGUGGCAAUUUUCUACACGAUGAAAAAGGAAAAAGGUAUAUUAGUUACAGAAAAACGCAGUUCCGCAGCUUUUUAAUAUCAAGAAAUGCAAAUUUAUACUUUGUAGCAUGUGUACACAUAUUGGCAAAAAUUUGAUGUGAACGACAAGUUUAAGAGGGUAACCACUGUUCGGAAGCUUAACAAGAUCAACUUGUUGUUAAGAAGUGCUUUUUGUGAAACACAACGAGAACUAUUUUCUCAAAACAAACAUCCACUGCUCUCGUUGACAGCGAAGAUAACAAUCUCGAAUCACCAGGUAAGAGAUGUUUUUCAGUAUUUUGGCAAUACAAAAAGCAGGAAAUCAGAGAUUGCGUGUUUGGCGAGAAGUAAUUAGAAGCCAAGGGUUGAGUCGAACUAGCAUGACGCGAAAUUGGUGAUUUUGUUUCGAUUUCUAGUACACUUAUGUUCUAUUUUCGUCUUUUACAGGAUCUAGUCAUUAUACAUGGAAAUGAAACUUUCAGGAUUUCGUCAACACUUACAUCUUCAUGAAUUGUGGACAUCAAGCCAUUAAUUCAGUCAGAUGAUACGAUUUCUAGCUAAGCGCCGUGCUAUUAAAACUGCAUUUUAUCCAACUUUACGCUGAAAGGCCUGGAAUCGGACGAAGUACGUUAAACUCGGCAAUAUCCUAGGGGUUUUUCAGAAAUCACAGGAUUGAGGGAGAGCUAAGGUUUUCAGUUAACUGUUUUGUUUGGUCCGAGGUAACGUUGUCGCUAUGCGGGACCAAAAUAGAACUUUUUCCCGAAGUUCGUCGUCUGCCUCACAGGGCGGGACUGGGCAUCGCGCGCCGUCAGUGGAGGCGCUAAAGAUCAUGGGUAGUCUGGAAGAGGAAGAGAGCAAGCGAGUCAGAUCGGACAGUGGUAAAGCAUGGCUACAAGGUCCCCACUCGCUGUCACGACGAAGCUGUCGCUUUGAACUACCAAUGAACAUGCUUGAUCUUGAACUGCUCUCUCCGUUACAGUAUGUUUCGCAGUUCUGCCGCGUCCACGGACGACGAAGAACACUAUUUCGGCAUUAUUUCACUAAAAAUGACCGUGACAGGGACGGAUCUAUAAGCAAAAGGGAGCUACAAAACGCGCUCCGAGACUUGUACGCUCAGUCCAUCAACAAUGAACAAGUGAAUGUCAUUCUCGAUCUUCUUGAUAUCGACAAAUCCGUGCGAACAUUUGAUUUGGAUGCGUUUACAGCCGUAGCGGCAUUUUCUGAGCGCUACCUGUACCACUGCUACAGUCUAGCCGUACAGGAUCAAAGUGAAAAACGAAUGGUGCUGGAAGAAACCGACUUCUGUGCCCUGCACUGGAAACUAGAGGGGUGCAAAAUCAGCGAUAAGCUAAGAAACGUUUUAGACGUUUUGUAGAGUGAUUCGUUUUGUAGGUGAAACAAGAAGUUUUUCUUAUGAACCUAAACUCAGGCUUUUUCAAUGUUAUCCUGCGAUCAGGCGUUCUUUUAUUUCGGCGAACGCAGGGAUCACAGGUUAGCUUUUUGUAACAACACGUGCUUGUUUCUCAGGCUGUAGCAGUCAUCAUACGUCCCGCAAUGAACACACUGUACCUUUCUCGUUAUUCAUUUGUACUUGGUAUCGAAUUUCUCUAAUAAAAUUAUUCAAUGACUAAAGAAAAUGCCUUUUUUUUCCUUCUGUUGUAAAGUGCGCAAAGGAGUAACGCUGUCGUCGUAGAAGAAAAGCAUUAUUUUUAGAGCCUUAACGACGUGGAAUCCUACUAAACAUUCCGCCAUAUAAAUGCAUAUGCUAGUUUCAUGUUAUUAAACUUGCGCACAAAAAGUAUUUAAGACAGUAAGUGCCCUUUGAGUUGUAACUAAAGGACCUUUUUGACGAUCUCAAGUUUUUCCGAUUUUUUCAUUCAAACAAAAAAAAUCUCAGCAAGAGCCCAUUACCUGGGCUCCUGGGCUCUAGAUAUAUCAUGUAACGUAACGCAAUGCCUGCCCCUUGGCAUACAUUUCUUUGUAAACAAUUAGCAAGUUUAAGGUUUCAGUUUUCUUGAGUUUGUAACGGAUUCUUAUGAAUUUUCCCAUAUUUGCUAAGCUCGGCAUGAUAAAUUGAACUAUGGAGCCAGAUUUUGUUUCUAUGAAAAAUAUGAAAAAUUGCUGAUAUUGCGUGAGAUCCGCUGCGGCCAAGUUUCUGCUUGCUUUCUGGCGUUCUUAGCAAUCAGACUCCUGGGAGGCGUGAUCCAGACAAACGCUGCUUGGAAUAAACUAAGGAAACAAAUAAAUUCAAACUUUGACAAACGAACUCUUUUGUCAACGUUAUUGGCUGGGAGAGAUUCAGGAGAUUGAAAAUGAAAGUUUGACCCCCAAACCCCCAGACAUGAAUCAACAUCUAAAAAUAGCAGCGUUAUUCAAAUCCAUGGCGUUUUUACGAUACUUUAAAGAGCGCCAAAAGCAUGGUAAAAAAACACACUUACUGACAGUCUGAGGAAGUAACUUGGCAGUGAUUAACGCACAAACUGCGGGGCUAAACAUGACAAUAAAUCACUUUUCUGUUCCUUUGCACAUUGUUUCCUUGAAAUAGGACGCGCAGAGACUGGUCUACAUGUAACUACCCAAGAGUCCAUGCGCGCGUCUACCCUUCCAGUGACUUCCUGUAAACCUUUGGAGAGAGCAGUUUGGGAAGAUGAUGUGGACACAUGUAGAAACUUAGAUCAACUGUUUCUCAGCCCCUUUCGUUGCAGCAAUUGA